GGGAUUCUCACCAACGAGACACGGGUUAUCUUUUCAAUAGAGACGACAGAGGGACUCCGAGCGGCAGCGAACAGGUGGUUUUUCCAGACAGACUUUUGAGCCAUCUUACCGACUGGGAGAACUCAAGUGUAAACUGUACUCUGAUAUGCUACAGGAGUGAGGUCCAGCAGGGAUACUGCCUACACCUCCCCUCAUAUUCCCACUCCUCAACCAAGCUGAGCAAGGACAUCAGGCAUGAUGGGAGUCACUGUGUUUUGUGUGGUGGUGCUAGCAAUCAUCUGUCAUAGCCACAGCCGGGAAAUACAAAACCCUCUCUACAGGUUCAGAAGGUCUCAGGAAAAUGUCCUGUCAGAUCCCGGUGAAUGUGUGUCCAGGACCAAGCCAGUCUUAACAAACUCUCACAAUUUCUCUGUGGAUAUUCAGAUGCCUGGUGUCAUCCCAGCUGGGUCGGACACUUACCUGUGCACAGCAUUUCCUGUGCCUACUAGUCAUGAUGCAUAUAUUGUGGACUUCAUACCUCACGCCAGUAUGGACACAGUUCAUCACAUGCUCCUGUUUGGCUGUCAGACUCCAGUGUCUACCAGCAGCUACUGGGACUGUGGCAGUGUACAAGGCACUUGUGAAGAUGAGGCCUCCAUCAUGUACGCCUGGGCUCGGAAUGCACCACCUACUAAAUUACCUAAAGACGUUGGUUUUAAAGUUGGAAGGAAUUCAGGAAUGACCCACUUUGUGCUGCAGAUUCAUUAUGGAGAUGCCAGUGCUUUCAGAGACCAUCAUAGAGACUGUUCAGGACUUACCUUAAGAAUGACAACCAAACUGCAGCCGUUCAUUGCUGGCAUAUACCUGCUCAUGUCUGUGGAUACAGUUAUCCUUCCAGGAAAAAGAGUUACAAAUGCAGACAUCGCCUGUGACUACACUUCAUAUCCCAUCUACCCGUUUGCCUUCAGGACCCACACACACCAUCUUGGUCAAGUGGUCAGUGGCUACAGGAUCCGAGACGGGAAGUGGAGCCUUAUUGGGAGACAGUCCCCUCAGCUUCCACAGGCUUUCUAUCCUGCUGCCAACGAGUUGAAUGUGAAGUAUGGUGACACCAUUGCAGCCAGAUGUGUGUUUAGUGGAGAGGGCAGAACCUCCAAAACUUAUAUUGGUGGUACCUCUGCUGAUGAAAUGUGCAACUUCUAUAUAAUGUACUACAUGGACAGCAAACACGCCAUCCCCUACAUGAACUGCAUGGAGCCUGGCUCCAAAGAGCUGUUUGAGCAUAUUCCAGCUGAGGCCAAUGUUCCUGUGGCUGUGAGUCCAGCUGACAUGAACUCUAUGAUGCAUAUGGGCCACUCAACAGAUCAUCAAGAUCACAGACAGCUUCUGGAUUCAAGCAAGACAGAGCAGGUUUUGGAUCAGGGUGACCUCUUUUCUCUUAUGUCCAAGCUGCUAGGCCACAGCAAGGACAUAGUUCACAUUCAUAAGUACAACCCCAGCGAGAUGCAGAGAGCCCAGGCUGACUUGGUGGCUCAGAUCGAUAGCUUAAUGCAAAAGAAAGACCUGGGCUCUCCCAUUGCCAGACUAGCCUUCCAAACCAGGGAAGAUCCUGUUUUGCUGAGGGACAGGGUCCACAAAUUCCACCAGCUUGAGACCACGGCUAAGCCGCCAAGAAGCAAGCUGCUAGCUGAAGGACAAGACUACCAUUUGGAGCAAGUCUCAGCAUGGCCUCAGAAUUCUCUCAAGCUGGGUCAGGUGUCAGGACUUGCCCUCGACUCAGAUUCUAACCUGGUCAUUUUCCAUAGAGGUGACCACCACUGGGGGGCAGACUCCUUUAACGACCAGGCGAGAUACCUGCAGAGGUCCCAAGGUCCUAUUCAACAGUCCACUAUUCUGGUAGUUGACCCAACCAAAGGCAACAUCCUGAAGGCUUCUGGUAGAGACAUGUUCUAUUUGCCUCAUGGAAUAACUACAGACAAGAGGAAUAAUUACUGGGUCACUGAUGUGGCUCUUCAUCAGGUGUUUAAAGUGAGCAGUGAUGGCAGAGACAGUGUGCUGCUGAAACUGGGAGAGGCUUUCACACCAGGAAGUGACAACAGCCACUUCUGCCAGCCCACUGAUGUGGCUGUAGACCCUGAGACUGGGAACGUCUUUGUGUCUGAUGGCUACUGCAAUGCCAGGAUACUCAAGUUCUCUGCAGAUGGUGAAUACCUGUCUCAGUGGGGUGCAGGGUCAUCAGACAGGAGGAGGCGCGUACCGUUCUGGAUCCCGCACAGUCUAGUGUUCCUUCCUGACAGACAGGAAGUUUGUGUGGCUGACAGGGAGAACGGACGUAUCCAGUGCUUCAUAGCCGAAACUGGAGAGUUUGUCAAAGAAAUAAAGAAAGAGGAGUUCGGAGGAGAGGUGUUUGCCAUCACCUACAGCCCUGCUGGAGAUGGCUUGAUCUUUGCAGUAAAUGGAGUCUCUCCAUAUCGCUCAGCUCCACUCAGAGGUUUUGUAAUAAAUUAUUCAACGACGGACAUUUUGGAUACCUUCAGCCCUGAGAAAACGGAGUUUAAAAUGCCUCAUGACAUUGUUGAAACCAAGGAUGGCAGCGUCUUCGUCGGAGAUGUAGGCACUAAAUCAGUCUUCAAGUUCACCACUGAGAAGUUACAUCGUUCUGUCAAGAAAGCUGGAAUCGAGGUUCAAGAACUUGAAGAAAUGGAGACAUUUGUCCAAACGAAGGUGAGACCAGAGCACAACAUGUCGAAGACAGCAGCCGUCCAAGAGAAGCAAACUGUGGCUCUACAGCCUCAACCACAACAAGAGACAGAGGAGGAGAAGAAGAAGAAUGCAGCAAAGUCAAACAGAGGGCAGGGUGUACUCCCAGCCAUUAUCACCACCCUGCUGCUCAUCCCUCUGCUGCUGGUCAUCUCCGUUGGAGUCUUUAUCUGCUGGAGGAAAAACAACCGAUGUGAGGUGAAAACUGAACCCAGCUCUGUGGGAGGAAUCUUGGGAAAAAUAAGAGGUAAAGCUGUGGGCAGUCUGAACCUGGGGAACUUCUUUGCAUCCCAUAAGGGUUAUAGUCGUCAGGGCUUUGACCAGCUGAGCACUGAAGGCAGCGACCAGGAGAGGAAUGACGAGGACAGCAGCGACUCGGAGAACGAAGAGUACUCUGCUCUGCCUCCUCCUCAGUCCUCCUCGUAGACACUCUGGGUACAGCCACCAACCUUCUGCUUUCUCUACCAAUCCAAGAUGUAUGUUCUUCAUCAUGUGUGUAACUGUUGUGUUAGCUGCCAAUCUUAUUGUUUAUAUAUUUAAAAAAAAGAUGCUGUAUAUAAAAUAAUUAGCCUAAUUUAGACAGUUUAUUUAAAAUUUAUUUAAUUUACCCAAAGUCUGGAUACAGCCUUGGUGAUACAAUUCACAAGUUUUACUUUGAAAGAUUGUUUUUCCCAAAUCAAACUUGCAUUUAGUGAAAUUAUUAGCACAAUCCCCAGUUUGAAAUAGCUGGUGUAAGGUUUAGCCUUGAUACAAGACCAAAUCUGCCAGCGAGCUGAGAUAACUUUUUUCCUCAUGCUAUUGUUUCACUUCUUUUAGGGAUUUGCUUGAAAUGAGGAUCAGCAAAAAAAUUCAACGAAAUUCUCAAAAUAAGCUGUUUAGUGUUGGAAACAGGUCAAACAAAACAAAGCCCAAUGCUGGAAUUUUAUUUUCAUUUGUAAGAAACUAAACGAAACUUCACUGAAUCACUUUUUGAGAAGGGACAUUGAUGGGACUGAAAUGUGGUCAAGUAUUUCACUCUUAGUCAGCUAAUGUUAUUUUUGUACUCAAAGUGACCUGUUUGAAAACCUGAAAGGCUCUGUUUUCAUGGCAGCGCUCUGACCAGCUUAAGCAGCACUACGGCAGUUUAUUGGUUUUCUGACAGUGAUAUUCGCUUUGCCCAGCUGUUAGCCCAGGUGGGAAGAGAAGUGCCAAGUGGAAAGUGGAAGUGCAGAGUCUUUGAUAUUUUGGAACAACUUGGGUCUUAUGAAGAUGUUGCGCUGAGAAUAGAUGUCUCAGAACCAUGUCUGUUCCUGGAAAAACAUCACUCUACUGCCAAUUUGUUGAUUCUGUCAUCAAGAGAAACUAAAUCCUCAGAGAGAAUAUUGUAAUUAAACUCUGAGAAAAAGAUGCAUUUAAAAUGGCAAAAAAAAUCCAAUGUAAAGUAUCUGAAAGUAACUUAUGGAACAUCAGUAAAUCAGUGACCUAUGAAUUAAUUUGAGGGACUUUUACAGUAUCAGUCAUGCACAGCUGCUUUAUAAUGUAUGAAAAGGCUCUGAUUUAAGAAGUGCCGCAGGAGAGCUAUGGCCAUUCACUAUGUUUACCUUGAAUACAGGGUGCCACAAAAUAACCCUACACACCUCCACAUACAUCAGACUGGUCAGUUCUGAAUUGCAGGAUGUAUUCUCACUGUUAAUGACUGAGACAUCAGGUUAAAGGGGUUCAUAAAUCCAAUUUUAGCAAAAGUGCCAUUACAUACAAUAUGAUGGGACCAUUAGCAUCCUGAGAUACAAUAGGAUUAAAGGGAUACAAAAUGACCACUUAUAUAUCAUUUACUCACCCGUGUUAAAUGAAUUAGUAAAGAAAACUGAAUGGAUAAUCCAAAACUGAAGAAAACUCUUGAUAAUUUGCAGUAAAGGGGACUGUAUUAAACAACAGGAAAACUAUCAACACAUCCCAGCCAAGUCUCAUUUAUCCAGUUGUAUGCUCAGUAAUUAACAAACACAUGCCUUUUUGCUAAAACAUUACUAUUUAAAAACGUUUCCACAAAAACAGCCUUACACACAGACUUAGAUAAGAUCAGAUAAGAUCCUUUGUUCACUGUGGAGGCAGCAUUUGAGAAAGUUUUCUUCAUUAAUUCAAUAUAACACAGGUUGAAGUAUUCCUGUAAGACUGAGAUGGUGUCGGAUUGAUGCGAUCAUGUAAAUGACUUGAACAAGCAUUUUUUAAAUACAGUACAGGCCAAAAGUUUGGACACACCUUCUCAUUCAAUGCGUUUUCUUUAUUUUCAUGACUAUUUACAUUGUAGAUUCUCACUGAAGGCAUCAAAACUAUGAAUGAACACAUGUGGAGUUAUGUACUUAACAAAAAAAGGUGAAAUAACUGAAAACAUGUUUUAUAUUCUAGUUUCUUCAAAAUAGCCACCCUUUGCUCUGAUUACUGCUUUGCACACUCUUGGCAUUCUCUCCAUGAGCUUCAAGAGGUAGUCACCUGAAAUGGUUUUCCAACAGUCUUGAAGGAGUUCCCAGAGGUGUUUAGCACUUGUUGGCCCCUUUGCCUUCACUCUGCGGUCCAGCUCACCCCAAACCAUCUCCAUUGGGUUCAGGUCCGGUGACUGUGUGACAGACCUCACUGUGAUUGACUUAGCUCUUUCAAGACGAUGAGAGCAGAGAUGUGAUCGGCUGUAUUUAUUAAUCACUAUACCGUCUCAUUUACAUUCCACUUCACUCAACCAUAUAGCACUUUGUGCUGCUCAACUAAAAUAGCAGGCGAGCUUGGAGAGGCUCACACAGUCUGUGGUCCCAGGAUGUCCUGCUUUGUGCUGCUCACCGUGCUUUUCCAUUAAAAUAGAGCCCUACGAAAGAAACAGAGAUGCUCUGUUGGCUGUUUAUGUUGCUGUUCAGUGUUUUGGUUACGCCGAGUCAGAACUGGACAUAAGUACAGUGUUUUUCAUGACAUUUCAAUAUCUGAUUAACAAUUCAAUUAGCAGGAUUAAUUACAGAAAUUUUGCAAGUUUAUCUAGAUUUCAAAAAUGCAACGUUUAACAGCACUGAUACUGUGUAGAUGGUUUACUUUGACUGGAAAAGUGCAUCCUUCCUUACAUAAAUCUCUUCCAUGUAGUAAAGCUACACACAUAGCAUUAUUUCAGUAUGAUUGUUUGGUCCAUGUUUCAAUUUGGUAACAUUUCACUUGUAAUUUUGUGCCUUUUUUACAUCUGUAUUUUGCCUUUCUUCAGCACCUGCCAUUUCAAAAUGUACCAUGGGAUGAAAACAGCUGCUGCUAGUAGAGCUUGUACUAUAUUGAUUUCUCUUCCAUUCAAGUGUACAGAAAAUAGAUAUUAUUACAUAUAUAUGUAUAUGUAUAUUAAUGUCUGUAUGUAUGUGUGUAUGUAUGUAUGUGUGUAUGUGUGUAUGUGUGUGUGUGUGUAAGAUGCCAAUCAAACAGCCAAGUCUCAAGCACUGUAACUUUUACAUCAAACUCCCUCACUUCAGAGUUCAGACUAUAAAGAAACAGCAUGAAUUAAGAAACAGUUGCUUUGUCCAUCUUCUGUAACUUAAAUGAACCACGUUGCUCUGUUUGCAAGUUUUAGCUCUUUACUUACAAAUUGUUUAUGAUUGAUGUGUUUGCUCUUAACCUAAUAUACAUAUACUUAAGUCACAAUAUAAUAUUAUUGCAAUUUUAAAUGUAUUGUGAUAUGCUGAGCACUGCGAUAAAAUGAAAAUUAUGUCCCCAAAGGAAAAUUCUGUCAACAUCUGUUUUAUCUAAUAAGAUAAAUUAUUAAUAUGACAAAUUCAAAUUAAACAUUAGGUUGCCUACUGUGGAAAACUUUAUGUAGUAAAAAAAAAAAAAAAAAGAAAA